AUGGCGAUUCCGAAUUGUCAGACACAGACUCUGGUUCCACCAUAUCGGAGAAGACCAAACAGAACGUCUUGCCAGUAUUUGCUCAGAAAAGACAACAGGCAUUGCCUGGAGCUACAGUGA